CCACGUAAACUCUGUGUCAGUGUUUGUUCAUCUAUUUCGUACUGUUCGUGAUCUGUUUCUGUUUAGUUAACAUGGUAUCAGAGCUCACCGCGGCUGAAUCGGAGAGGCCGACUGUACGCCUCACUUCUACGAAUUAUUCUCUGUGGGAAUUCCAGUUCCGGGUGUUCGUUGAAGGUCGAGGACUGCUGGGUAUUUUGGAUGGGACAAUUCCGCAACCGGCGGCAGCUACCGCCGCUCAAGAACGAGCUGCCUGGUCUCAGAAUGACGCUCGGAUCAGGUCCUGGCUUUUAGGAUCGGUGGAUCCUUCUACAUGCCUCAGCCUAAGAUUAUUUCCCACCGCAAAUCGGAUGUGGCGACACCUUGCGGGGCUGUAUUCCUCUGUUAAUGCAGUGCGCCAAUUUGAGGUUCAAACGGCGCUCUCUCGGCUGGAACAAGGGGAUCGCUCGGUCACCGACUACUUCAAUGCUGCACAAGAGUUAUGGACCGAAGAAGACAUGAUUCAAAUGACACUUCGCCCUCAGUCAUUGACAGAAGACUCCCUCGCUGAAAGGCAACAAGCUCGGAUUAUGCAAUUUCUUAUGAGACUAAGGCCCGAGUUUGAGAAUGUAAGAUCAUCAAUUCUGAAUCGUGAGGAGCUGCAGUUUGAUGGUGUAUUGAGCAGCUUGGUCCAUGAGGAGACAAGGUUGAGAACGCAAGCUCAGUUUGACUUGCGGCCUGGUGAAGGCGAAACAAUUGUCGCCGCAUCUGCUGGGUCUUCUCGGACAGGUAUGAGUUCGAACCAUGGUUAUAAUUCUCAUGCUUUUGCGGUAUCAAGGCCUCAAUUUCAGAAUCGUGUUCCUACUGCCGCACUCGAGUGCCAUCACUGUCACGAGAAGGGACACUUGGUAAAGCAUUGUCGUCGCAGAAAUUACUGCGUAUACUGUAAGAGAAUGGGCCACAUUGUUCUGGAGUGUCGAUCUCGGGAAUGCAAUGCUGAGCGUUAUAAUGGAGCUGUGCAGCAGGCAGGGGCUGGACGCAACACUCUAGGACGUUCCUAUAGGCCCUCUUAUACAGUGGAAUACGGGGAAUCUAGUGGUGGAACCACCGCAGCUCAAAUUAAGCAACUCGUCCAGGCUGUAGCUGCUCUUCAGAAUUCGCUUCCUACUGCAAUUGGGUCUGCACUAUCUACGCUUCAAGGAUCUGAGGAUGGGGAGACAGAUCGGAAGGGGGAGUAAACAGGGGAGGAUAUUUCAUUUAGAGGAGCUGCAAGACAAUAUUCCUUUUCAUAACUCGAGCUCUCAUCAGUGUGUGUCUAGGUCUGUCAAUAGUCCUCCUCUGUCUGUUAAACCUCAGUCAUUUGUUGGUUCAGCUUUUUCGAGUUUAGCAAAUAAAGUUUGGGAACUAUG